UAGUUACCUUCCUGAGUCGCCAGCUGCUGAACUCCACUGGCCACUGCCAGUCCCAAGCCAGACCAGAAGUUUCUGGGGUUCUCUCCAUGGCACAGCUUCGCUGGCUGACCCUAGAUACUCCUGUGGCAUUGUCCCUGGUGCCCUGACUGCUCUCUAGGAUCCUGUUUGUCUUCCUCUCAACACUUUUCUAACCAUAGUUCAGGCUAGACUGACCUAUGCAUACCCCCAAUCCUUGCUUCUGAAACCCUCCAUGAUUACUUCCUAUUGCCCCAUCCUCGUUCUGGACCCAGCAGAGGCCCUUGGGUUACAUUCUACAAUAAAGUUCUGGCCCUCACAAUUCCCGCGUGUAAGUCCUCCUCCGAGAUGGGCCACGGGCACACACGUGUGCCAAGAGGGAGGGGGAAGGGCAGGGGUGCAGGCGGCCCCCACCUCCUGCCCCUGAGCCAGGGUCCUCUCCCUUGUCUACUCCUGAGUCUCCCGAGAAUUCUUGCUGCUGUGAGAAUUCCGGGCUUCCUGGCCUCAUGACAACACCGAGUGAAACAAGAAGUUCCAGAACGCGGGGUCCUAGGCCUGGGUUGGAGAGGGCCGACGGGCACAGAGCCAGGCCCAGGGGCUCAGGCCGCCUAUAGGCUCAGGUUCAGAGCCUGCUGGCUGUGGCUGGUGGGGGUGCCCGACACGUGUCUCAGCAUGGGCCUGGAGCUCUAUCUGGACCUGCUGUCAGCAUCCUGCCGCGCUGUCUACAUCUUCGCUAGGAAGAACAACAUCCCCUUUGACUUCCAGUUUGUGGAUCUGCUAAAAGGUCACCACCACAGCAAGGAAUACAUAAAGAUCAACCCCCUGAAGAAGGUACCCAGCCUCAAAGAUGGAAAAUUUGUCUUAUCUGAAAGCGUGGCCAUCCUUUUCUACCUGUGCCGCAAGUACAGCACACCCUCACACUGGUACCCACCAGACCUGCACACACGUGCCCGCGUGGAUGAGUUCAUGGCCUGGCAGCACACUGCCAUUCAGAUGCCCAUGAGCAGGAUCCUCUGGAUCAAGAUGCUGAUCCCAAUGAUCACUGGUGAGGAGGUUCCAGAUGAGAAGGUGGAGCAGAUGCUGGCAGAGGUGAAGAACAGCAUGCAGCUCUUUGAGGAGAAGUUUCUGCAGGACAAGAUGUUCAUUGCCGGGGACCACAUCUCACUGGCUGAUGUGGUGGCCCUGGUGGAGAUGAUGCAGCCCAUGGGAGGCAACUAUAAUGUCUUCCUCAGUAGCUCCAAGAUUGCUGAGUGGCGCAUGAGGGUGGAGCUGGCCAUUGGCCCUAGCCUCUUUGGGGAGGCCCAUGACCGGCUGAUGAGGUUGGCCGAGUGGGACAGUUCAACAUUGGAUCCAAUGGUCAAGGAGAGGAUCUGUGAGUUGCUGCAGAAGUUCAAGUAGAAGCAGCCCAUCCUGCAGGGCCUGGCUGGCCCAGGCCUUUGAGCUUCUUUCCUUAGGGGAGAUGUUGAAAACAAUUCCACUUCUUCACCUAAUAAAGUACUGUCACAACCACCAUGGUUGCUGGGCCUGGGACAGUUGGUGUGAGCAUAAGUUCUCGUGUGGGAGAAGGUGGCGGUGAUGGGUCCUCCCAGGUUCCAAAAAGAGUUUAAAAGCUAAAGGUUAAAUAUGAUUAAGGGUGCCCUGCUGGCUCAGUUGGUAGAGCAUGUGACUCUUGAUCUUGUAAGGGUUAAAUUGUAGUGUAGGGCUAACCUGUAGCCUUAAGAAAUAACAGCUUUGUUUUAACACCGUAGAUUAAGAGAUAACAGCCUUGGCCUAUCAAUCAAGGGAACAAAAGUUCAAGGAAAAUCAACUGGAUGAGUGUUUGAUUGGAGUGAGGCAGGGCAUGUCUGAACUGUUUCCACCCCCAUCUGGGAACUAUUUCUUUGUUCUGUUCCCAGAUGAUGAUAAGACCAUGUGGUCGGCUAUAAAAACUCUGUACCCCGGCUGUUUGAGACUGCACUUGGGUCAAGAGUGUCGGUCUUGAUCGGUUGGCCUUGCCUCUUAUUGCAAUAAACUUUGUUGUGACUGUCA